UUCCUCUGUUGCUACACAGAGCAGAGACACCCGAUCAGAGAAAACAUCUCAGCGAUAGAUAGAUAGAUAAACUGACUAUCCAAAAGUGACUAUACAUUGGAAACAUUUCUGUUUCUGUAGUCAUAAGCCUACAAGGCAUCCUACUCUAAAACAUUUGCUGCUUUUCUGUGUAGGAGGCUAUCAUCAAAGACUAUAGAAAUACUAUCAUGCUCGGAGAAGCCUUCCUUCAUGUUCUGAACUGCGCAGAAGACAUCACAAAUCAUGAUGGACGUGCUCAUACACACUCAUCCGCCCCCAUGACCCGUCCUGACCCCUGUGCAGCGAACGCCGCUGCCAGAUCUCCUCUGACACCACGAACUGUGAGAGCUGGCAGGCCUGAAUGCCUGGAAAAGCAAGGGAAGUACCGAGCCUCUGCACCCAGCAACGGUAUGCCCAUUCUCAGCUGUAGCGGGGAGGAUCACUUGGGCAUGAUGCUGUUUGGCUCCUGGUGCUGUCCCAGCUUCUGCAAAAACUAUCCAGACCUCCGGCUUGCUGGUGGCCGGCUGGAGCACUGCAGCCCUCAUAACCCAGACCUGCUCAAUCCACCAGACGCCGGGCCACUGCUACAAUCACAGGACCUAAGCUCUCUGGAACCCUCUCUGGAAGCAGGUCAACAGGCAGAGGCUGUAACCCAGCCGGACGAGGAGUAUCUUGUCAUGGAAAGUGUUCAGAGUCCUGGCUGGGAGAGAAGGCUUACCAACUCCAUGUUGAAUGGCUAUCUAGAAGUCCAAAUGCUGGAGGUGUUUUGUCAGCACAUGCAUAACAUGGCGUGCUGUGGAUCAUCAUUGCUGAGCACUGACGUCAUGCCGGCACUGGUGCCUACUAGCCUGACUGUAGCCAAAGAACAGACACCCAGUCAGGAAGAAGAGCUGGAUUCUUCAUCCAAUAAUGUUGUGCAGUAUUUAAGCGCUUGUUCAGCACCAGCCACAUCACACUUCAGCUCACCUGUGCUGCGAAUCUCAGAAGCUGAGUAAGCCACCACAUGAAAUACACAGAGAUCCUGCCCUUGUAACAUUUCUGAUGUUGGGCUCCUGAUUUUUGCCCAACACACAAAUACUUGAAGUUAUCUGUGUUGUUAAAGGAAUGUUCUGUAUGCAAUACUGACAGCACUUGUGGCAUGUUGAUAACUAUGAUAACAAUGAAGUACACAGCAGAUAGGUAAGCAGAUAAACAUCAACGUUUCAUUUUCGGGUGAACUAUCCUUUUAACAUACAUCAUGUUUCGAAAGUAUAGGCAUUUGAUUUAUAUAAUUUGUGUUAACAUGAGAAAUAGUGACUUAAUCUGUGUAAAGUUAUACACUAUAAAUAUAUAUAUAUAUAUAUAUAUAUAUAUAUAUAUAUAUAUAUAUAUAUAUAUAUAUAUAUAUAUAUAUAUAUAUUUAUUUGAUCGAAAAUAAAACCACAACAUUGUUAAAUAUAAUUACAAUUUAAAAUAAGUUUUUUUUUGUUAUAAAUUUAUAAAACAAAUUAAUAUAUUCAUUAUAUAAAAACUUUAUUUUGUGAUGGCAAAGCUGAAUUUCUCAGCAGUUUUUAUCACUGGUCUCCAGUGUCACAAUCCUUCAGAAAUCAUUCUAAAAUGCAGAUUUCCAGCUUAAGAAAUAUUUCUUAUCAUCAAUUCAGAAAAUAGUUGUGAAAUCUUUUGUGGAAAUUAUAAUACAUAAUUUGUUUUCAGGAUUCUUCGAUGAAUAGAAAGUUCAAAAGAACAGAAUUUAUUUUAAAUAGAAAUCUUUUGUGACAAUAUAAAUGUCUUUACUGUAACUUUUUGAUCAAUUUAAUGCUUCCUUGCUUAGCCCCCAAUUGUAAACUGUAAGCUGUUUUUUUUUUGUUGCUUAAUUUACAAAUUUUGUUGACAGUUUAAUUAAUAUUUCUCUAAAUUCACCCUUUCCAACCUUCAGAGAAUAACAAAUUGACAAAACAAUUGCAAACUCAGAAAGAUCAAAAUAUCUGUCCCAUCCUCUCCAAGCCUCUUCCACUGUAGCCUCCAUCGACAUUAAUAGCACAAGAUACUUUGGGAGAAGAGGAACCAAAAUCACACAGUCAUGUGUAUACUGUGUAUAGACCUUUAUAGAUGUUACCACUUCCUCCUAAACAGCCAAUCAUGUUUUUCUCCCUCAGUCUGGCUGCUGACUGCUACACUUUCACUAUCCUAAAGAAGUGUUUGAAAAGAAAUUGAAACUUUAUUAACUUAUGUCCUCGGUUAUGUUGCCAUAAUUCAGUUACAUCCAUUAUUUUUUUUUAUUGUGUUUAUUAUAAUGUUUCUAAUAAUGUGUAACUUUUCAAUAAUUGUUAUUAAAUACUGACACCUGCUGUUCAUACUGUAAAAUGACACACAGACGGAGAAAAAACGCUGGCUGAUCUAUUGCUGGCGCCCUCUUCUGGGAGCUUCGGGAACGGCGGCCAAUGUCAAGAUGAAAGGUUAUGUCAUACUGUCCAUGACAUUGCCCUUCAUCCAGAGCUGUGAAAAUUAAAAUUGUAUAUAUUACAUCGAUGAUUAUAGCUAAAGUACACGCACUGCAUUCAAAUAUGUUAUUUUAAGCAAUGCAUUAAUGUAGUAAUGGAUGUGAGAAAUAAAACCUAAAUGCCUUUACUGCUAUGAA